GCAUUUUACCAUUUGUUUUUCCCUGGAGAAGCCUUCUCGGGGGAGGGGGAGGCAGGGCAGGCUGCUUUCAUCAGCACAAAGGCAUAGGCUGAGAUGUAUUUUUCUCCCUAUGCUGGGACAAGGGAACUGGGAUUUUGCUUGAGCUAAGCACUGACAGCUGCUUUUCUUGGGUGGCUUUGAAUUUCCCGGUGGGAGAUGCAGGGAGGGGUGUAGUGUUACAGCACAGGAAACCCUCCCUGUUUUCCAUGCAGCUUUGCAUGGCCCUUCUGUGUUAGGAACGACUUUAACACUCUGCGUUCAUCACUCCAAGGCGACCUUUCUAGACUCUUUCCAAACUCUCCCUCUCUGGGGACAGCCUUUCUCCCAAAAUACAUACUACCCAUUGCAUUGGCCUGUCUUCAAAACUAAGUGGCUGGGUAUGCCAGGGCACACCGCCUCCAUGAGCUACCCAAAUAGUGGCGUUGUCUUUGGGAACAUGCUAACCAACCCAGGUGGAAUUCCCGCCUUCAAAUUCCAGUCCCGUCGAGACAGCGUUGACUGGAGGCGGUUCAGUGCCAUAGACGUAGAGCGGGUGGCUCGGGAGCUGGACGUGACCACGCUCCAAGAGAACAUUGUCAGCGUCACCUUCUGUAACCUGGACUCGGAGAAGUGUCCACACUGCCAGCAGCCCAUAGACCCGGUUCUCUUAAAGGUCCUUAAGAUGGCACAGCUGACCAUUGAGUACCUGCUGCACUCGCAGGAGUACCUGACUGCCAGCCUGGCGCUGCAGGAGGAGCAGCUGCAGGCUACCCUGGAGGAGCUGAAGCGCACCAAACAGGAGCUGGACAAGCAGGCGGAGGAGUUGAAGGGAGUGAAGGAGGAGAGCCGGAGGCGGAAGAAGAUGAUUGCCACCCAACAGCUCCUCUUGCAGGCUGGGACCAAUAACUACCACAAGUGUCAGCUGUGUGACAAGGCCUUCAUGAACUACUCCUACCUCCAAGCCCACGUUCAGCGUCGACACACUGAGGCCAGCGAAGCUGAGAGACAGAAGAAGAAGCAGGUGGAGCAAAUGGAGGACGAGAUUCAAGAACUAAGAAUGAAGCUGAAAGAGACCCAUAUGCAGCUGGAAAUUGAGAGAGAGGCUGAGACUCAGUGCAGGGUUCAGAGAGAAGAGGAGGGAAGAAGGGGAUUUGAGAGAUGGAAAGAGGAGGAGAGGACAAAGUUUCAGGAGGAAAUGGACGGCCUGCGGCAGUUGUUCCUGACAGAAUUCAAGGACAUUGCCAGCAAGAACUCUGCCUUGGAAGGGAAACUGCAGGAGCUGCAGGCCAAAAACCUGGUGGCAUCCAAUCUGGGGGUCCUGCGGGAUGAGGACUCUGAUGACAAGCAGCAGUGGGCACUGACUCAGAGAGAGCUCCAGGGCAUGAGGGAGAAGAUCGAAUUACAGAAAACAGAAUGGAAGAAGAAGCUGAAGGAGCUUCAGAAGGAGCACCAGGUGGAAAAGGAAGAGUUGAAGAGUGAAAAUGAGAGACUCCGGGCCUCCCUGUCUCAGGAACAACGGAUAGCUGCUGACCGCUUCCAACAGCAAAUGGGCUCGCUCAAUGCUCGGCUCAAAGAGCAGACCAAGGUUAUCAGGUUGCAGGAGAAAACAAUCAAGAUACUGUCUGCAAGCAAAACUGAAGUGACCCAGGAAACAUCCAGGGUACCAGAUCUAGAGGAGUCUUCUGAAGAAGACUUGGAGGAUACCCUGGACAGGAAGCAGGGGCUCCUGGAAGCCCUGCGGAGGAAUCCCAACCUGCUGAAGCAGUUCCGCCCCAUUCUGGAGGAGAUGUUGGAGGAGAAGCUGGAGAGUAUGGGCGUGAAGAAGGCUGCGAAGGGGAUUCCAGCUCAGACCUAUAAAAAUCUGAGCUCCCUCGUAAUGACUCAGCAGCAGCAGAAGGCCAAGAAAUUUCCAAAUCUCCUCAGCUUGAGGGACAAGCUAGUCCGAGAGGUCACCUGGAAAGUCAAGCAGCUCCAGAAGGAUGAUGGCAUUUUGCCACAGCAACUUUCGGUAGUCUCAGCUAAAAGCCAGAAGAGCCCCCUGUCGCCUCGCCGGGUCGCAUCUGCCAAGCCUAGAGCACUGCAAGUUGAGUUACAGCCCUAUGCGGAGGAGACGCCCAAACCAGCUCCUCGGAGCAAAGCCAGCUAUUCCCACAGCCCAGUAGAGGUGCCCAAAGUAAUGCCACAAAGCAAAGCCAGCAGCUCACGACAUGCUGCCAUCCAGCAUCUGAGCACCCCACCUUUCAGUUCCGAGGAGGACUCUGGGGAGGACUGCGCCAGCCUCACCCCAGUGAAAUUCAAACAUCCCAUCACCCUGCAGCAAGCGCAAACCCCUUUGAGGCUGACCCAGAAUGACGAAACCACAUCAGACUGGUCUGACAUCGAUUCCUCAGAGGGAAAAGCCAGCCCAGCCAUGAGAACCACUCCAACAGGGACGCUGGUGUCUGCAAUGGCUAAAAAUCUGGAGCGCACACUGAGCAUGCCAGCAAGGAAGCCUUCUGGUGGGAGAAAACUCCUCCCCGCCGCGGCCUCUGAUUCUCCGAAAGCGAGUCACUCAGACAAGAAACUCCAGUUUGUGGAUGAGAACAGCGACUUGGAAACUUCCUCCCUUGAAGAGAUCACCCAGCUCCUGGACGCGAAGAGCCAGACGAAGCAGCAGCAGCAACCAGCUGUGAGGCACAGCGGGAACACGGCAGGGUCGCAGGGCACCAGCGUCUGGAGUUCCAACAGCACGAGAGCUGGAGGCUGGUGACUUGCUUGAUAGCUCCCUUCGCCGUACCCUACAAGUGCUUGGAUUUCAGGGCCCAGUCCCAAAGCUGGAAGUUCCUGCCGUGUGGCCACAAGGCUUUGGAAUCCCGCUACUCAUAGGAAGAUCAGGCACUGGG